AUGCAGGGUCAAUUCGAGCACAAUAAAAUUCAAGGAAGAGGUCUCUUGAAGUGGAGCAACAAUUGUUGGUACGAAGGUGACUUUGCGGAUGGUCUUCGACAUGGCAAGGGCAUCCUGGUGGACAGAGAAAACAAUCGCAUAUAUGUCGGUCAGUGGUGCAUGGGCCACAUGCAUGGAAAAGUGGUAAAAUGUUGAGAUAUAAAUAUUACAUUUGUCAUGUUACAGUGUGCAAAAUUAUUGGUAUCUUGAAAUAUUUCUUAGAUUAUUAUACACGUAAUUGCGAUUGACGACUGAUGUAUUUUAAUGCACUUAAGACAUGUCUUGCGUAUAAAAUAAACAAAUAAUGUACGAUGUUACCUAAAUCAAUUUUAAAAUACG